AGACUCUUUGUCAUAAAACCUAGAGAAUAUCAAAAGAAGACGUCUCGGAAAUCCUUCAACGUAAGGCUUAUUCUGGAAGAUAUCGUCCAAGAUUCGGUGCUCUAUUCAACAUGUCGGUUGAGCUGCGCCCGAUGCCAAACUCCGGCGCUGCUGCCCCGGCGCCGCAGACUGAUGAGGAGGACGGGAAUACCUUGAUCCACACUAUGCCGCCGACCGACAAGGGCGCAGCCGCAUGGAAGUUCUUGCUUUCCAGCUUCGUCAUUGAAGCUCUGCUUUGGGGAUUCCCCUUGACCUUUGGUGUCUUCCAGGAAUACUAUUCCUCUCAACCACAAUUCGAGGGCGACUCCAACAUUGCCGUCAUAGGCACAGUAUCCACCAGUAUCUACUUCCUCGGCGCACCUCUCGCCGCCCCGCUAGUGAAGAGAUUCCACCGCUACCAAAAGCACAUGGUCGUCAUAGGCUGGGCAAUGUGCGUCGCAUCCUUGGUCGGCGCAUCUUUCGCUACCUCUGUCGCGGGGCUCAUCGCAACCCAGGGCGUACUCUACGGCUUCGGAUUCCUGAUGCUCUACUUCCCGGUACUGCGAAUGCUCAAUGAGUGGUUCGUCGCCCGACGCGGCCUCGCAUACGGCGUUCUUUACGCUGGCGGCGGUUUCAGCGGUGUUGGACUGCCGUUUCUGCUGCAACUACUGCUGUCGAAGUACGGCUACCAGAAUACACUCCGUGCUGUUGCCGUCGCUCAGUUCCUUGGUGUUGCGCCCGUCUUGCACAUGAUCAAGGGCCGACUGCCACCGUCGCCUCACGGUGCUAUGCGGAUGUUCGAUAUUAGCUUCCUGAGGCAACCUCUCUUCUACUGCUUCGCGCUCUCGAACCUGUUCCAGGGCUUCGCUUACUACAUCCCGUCCCUGUAUCUGCCUUCUUACGCCAGUGCCAUCGGGCUAUCGGGUACCAUGGGAGCGCUUCUCCUCGCAGCCCACAACCUGGCAACCGUUUUUGGGCAGAUUGGUUUUGGAUGGCUUUCUGACCACACGAACAAUGUCUUCAUGCUCAUUUUCAUCUCUUCUUUCACGUCGGCGGUCGCGGCGUUUACACUCUGGGGAUUCGCCCACUCUUUGCCACUCUUGGUCAUUUUUGCGCUGGUCUUUGGCAUGUUUGCUGGAGGCUUCCUCAUCAACUGGCCGAAGUUUGGGGCGAUGCUGUCCGACGACCCGCAACCCGUAUACAGCAUGAUGGCAUUUGGCAAGGGAAUCGGAAACUUGGCUACGGGUCCGAUUACCGCUGGGUUAUUGACUAAGCCGGUGAGUGGAGGAUACGGGAUUGGCCGUUAUGAGUCGCUCAUUCUGUUCCUGGGCUCUUUCAUGCUUUGCUCUUCCUUGGGUGCCUUUGCUUGGCCUUUGAAGAAGCGAGCUUGAAGCGCGAUAGAUUUAGUAUCGUCGAUAUGGGAAGACAGCUUGACUGUUCAAGGUCUAUAGUAGCCGGUGCUUGAGACUCAGAGCCCUUGAGUCCUCAUCUCCAUUCCACCAUCAGUGCAAUGAAUUCGAGAGAUUUCUUAGCUCCCCGAACCCUGUACGUCAUCAGCUGAUGCAUUGUCGUGGCCGUGGCUCGGGAAAAGGUUAUUUGUAGUAGAAUACUGGGGAGAUCUGAGUCAAGAAGCAUGCUAUCCGCCGAAACCGAGUUUACAGUUUCUGUCCAUCCGUAGCCCGCCCAGUAACCUUCAAGAACGGCCAGGAGGGGGCUUCUGCUCAAGUCUGGAAAUGACUGGAAAUACAAUUCGCCUUAACAAUGAUCUAUAUCCAGCAGCCUUAUGAAGCCUUGGCCGUGACUUUCGAGCCCGCUCAGAAGCCCGCUGUCAGAGAUUAAUCGAAUCGAUGUUUUCAAACCGACGUCAGAUCGCUCGGAC